AAAAAGUGUCGAGGGCCAAAGUUUUUUCUUCACCACUAUUUCCUUCAAAUUACAUCCUCAAUUAAUAAUUUUUUUGCGCUGUUUUACUAGGAAAAAGAGAUGGGUCUAAAAGGCAAAAUAGAGAGGCAAAUGGAGAUCAAGUCUGAUGGGGAUGUGUUUCAUGAGGUGCUCAGUGCCAGACCACAUCACAUAUACAACAUGUCACCUGAUCAUGUACAGAGCGUUGAGUUGCUUGAAGGUCAAUGGGGCACUCCUGGUUGUGUCAUCUUUUGGAAAUACACUCAUGAGGGAAAGCCCAAGACUUGCAAGCAAAUUAUCACAGAAUUAGAUGUGGCAAAAAAGUCAACCACAUACAAGGUUAUUGAAGGAGAUCUCUUGCAGGAGUACAAGACCUUUGCCUUCAUUCUUAAGGUUGAACCAAAAGGCCAAAAGAACUUGGUGACUUGGACCCUUGAAUAUGAGAAGCUCAAUGAGCAAAUUGAUGAUCCAAAUACUUUGAUGGACACCGUUAUGACUGUGAGCCAAGAUAUUGAGACCUACCAUUUCAAGUAAUAUAUUUAUAUAUAUAUAUAGAUAUAUGGUGUGUGGUGGUAAGGAGUGCUUGUGUGAUAGAUUCAUUAUCUAUUGAGAAUAAAGACAAUAUGCAUCCGAUGAGAUGAGAGCUAUUGUGGAACAGAUAACAACAGGGGUUCAAAUCGUGUUUUCUGUGAAACUUCUACAUGUUGAAAAAGUAUCUAAUAUUUGGUUGCUUGUUGUAUGCAUAAUCCAUCUAUAUAAAUGUAUUUGUUUGUGUAAUUGGUUUGGUGAAAUUUUAUAUUCUAUCUGUUUACUUUUC